AUGGUCGGGCCGUUGAUUUCAACUGUCGUUCGGCUCGGGAACGUGGCAUACUACAUGCACUCGACCCCUCUUGUCGGCUUGGGCCCAAUCGGGGCUGGCCAGAUAGCCGAGCCAUGCACCGUUGUGACAGUGGGAAACUCGAUUCCAACUUCCGAUGACGUUCGGGAUACAUUGCAUGGCUUCGACUUGGUUGAUGAUGUGUGGUCCAAGGACUUCUUGACCUCGCUGGUUGUACGGACGACGUUGCCAGAGUUGAACAGUAGCUGGACCGGCGAACUCAAGCACGUCCUCUCCCGAAUUGCCCAUGUUCAAAACAUUCAUGUCGUCCAGCUUGACAGCAGCUCUUCCCAGGUUCCUCAAGGGCCUUACUUCCUGCAAAAUGGCCGGUUGCAUUACGCAUACCGUCUGUAUCCGGACACGGCUGGUGCGUUUGUCGUUGCGGCAGUGCCCGCGGAUAACGACAGUAGUUUCCGGUCCCUCGACGCUUCAGCCUACGGCGGACAAUACCCGUCCGCCCUGACCGUGGCCGUCCCUUCUCGGCUAUACUUCACCAAGACCGACGAGAAGCCGUACGCUGGCCUACGGUUGGCGGUCAAAGACAUCAUUGACCUCAAAGGCCUCAAAACUGGAGCGUCGUCGCUCGCCUACACCGCGCUUCACCCUCCCCGCGCAGCAAGCGCUGAGGCCGUCCAGAGACUCGUGGACCUCGGCUUCGUAAUCGUCGGCAAGGUGAAGACAACCCAGUUUGCCGAUAGUGAGUGGCCGACCAGCGACUGGGUUGAUUACCAUGGCCCUUUCAAUCCCCGUGGUGACGGCUAUCUCACCACAAGCGGGAGCAGCGCCGGCAGUGCCGCCGCAGUUGCAGCUUACGACUGGCUUGAUUUCUCCCUCGGCACCGAUACUCUCGGGAGUAUCCGAGCCCCAGCAGCAGCCCAGGGUAUCUUUGGGAUGCGCUCCUCGCUGGGCGCAGCAAGCUUCAGCGGGAUUAUUCCAUACAGCCCCAAGUUCGAUACCAUUGGAGGGUUCGCUCGAACUGCAAAGGAAUUCAAAGUACUGGCCCACGCCCUCUACGGCUCGCCACCGUCUGCCGAUACAACCAAGGCUCGGCCCGCCAGACUCUUGUAUCCAACCGACUACUGGCCCAGUGAGCACGGCCCGAGUCAGCAGUUGUUUGAAGCCUUCAUCGUGCGCCUAGAGACGUACUUGGGUGUGAAGCGCACAGAGAUAAGCCUCGAGGAAACAUGGCGACAGCACCGACCCGAGGGUGUGACCCAGUCUCUCAGCGAGUACUUCGAGCAUGUUUUCGAAUGGGCAGCCAACCCAGACCAGUGGACUAGCUUGUUUCAGGACUUCCUUCCGGAAUACGAAGCCCGUUUUGGGAAGCCACCUGUGCUGAAUCCCCAAAUACGCUUCAAAGUAGAAUAUCUCCCAACAGUCACCGCCGAGCAACAGGCCGAAGCCGUAAGACGCCUCAAAGUCUACCAAGACUGGUUCUACGAGCACGUCAUGCCGCCAUCCGACAACGACGGGAAAUCCAGCACAGUGAUGGUUCUGCCUUGGACCACGGGCAAACCGGAUUACCGCGACAAGUACCGCGAUGGGCCGCAAAGGUUCACGGGAACCGGUUUCUUCUUCUACAAUGUCGGUCCCUAUGCGGAGGCGCCCGAGCUCAUCAUCCCUGUUGGAACUACUCCGUACGUGUCCAAGUUCACGGGCAGAACUGAGCGGCUCCCGACGGCGCUUGGUUUGAUGGGUGCAAAGGGCAGCGAUGUCGCGCUUGCUGAGCUUGUGAGCGACUUGCUAGAAGAAGACGAGACCUUGGGGGGGCUGGGAAUCGCAGCGACGAGGCAAAAGCCUCUUGAGGGAGAUCUUUAAGGCUUAGAAUGUUAUGUUGAGAGUCGGGGUGCAUGGUUGAGCAUGGGAAAUUGAUGGUGGAAGAAAAUCACCGAAGUGAAAUGAAGGAUGGUAGUCAAGUCCAUGAAGCGCUUCCCAAGCCAUGAUUGACGUACCUACCUACCUACCUAAUC